UUGGGCAGAGUGCGCGGAGCAGCUGGUGCAGUCGUGUGGAGGAGCAGCCGUGAGCCAGCACCAGCAGGCACACCUACCCUACACCUGUGACACACCUUCCCCUACACCUGUGCCACACCUGCCACACAAGCAAGUGGUGAGACACCUUACCUGCCUCACAUACCCACUCCAGGUCUUUAUCACUGUAUAGUGAAUCAACCUUUCAUCUAAAAUGCUGACAGCUCACAGCAAGAUUGUUACGGGUCCUCUAAAACAGGUGAUAGAGGUUACAAAAGACAGUGUGAUACGAAGGCUUCACACAACCUCUAUUUGUAGCAGUACUCCCAGAAUCCAAGAUGAAUAUCAAUACAUUCAGAGGUCAAAGAUACCGACUAUGCAUUUUCAGAAGUCCUUGUUACGACUACCUAUUCCAGAUUUGGACAAGACAUGUACUAGAUAUUUACGAUCACAGAAAGCAUUAUUAACGCCUGAAGAGUACAGUGUGACUGAACGUGCAGUUGCCCAGUUCAAAGAAGGACCUGGGAGAGAUUUACAUGCACAACUGAAACAAAAAGAUAAGGCAAACAAACACACAAGCUAUAUCUCGGGACCAUGGUUUGAUAUGUAUCUUAGUGAUCGUGUCCCUGUUUUGCUGAACUACAACCCUUUCUUGGCUUUUCAUCCUGAGGAGCGACCGGGGUAUUCUGAUCCAGUCGUACGUGCUACAAACAUACUAGUGUCAUCUCUAAGGUACAUGCGAACUCUUCGGGAUGGUCUCUUAGAGCCAGUUGUUUAUCAUCUUAACCCUUCAAAAAGUGAUAAUCAAAGGUUCUGGGAAAUUAUGAAAUGGAUGCCUUCUUCUGUUGCUUCAUAUGCAGCUUAUGCUUUAAAGGUGUUUCCUCUGGAUAUGUCUCAAUUUGGCAAUCUAUUCAACUCCACUCGUAUCCCAGAGAUUGGCAAAGACAAGCUGAAAUGUGAUUCGAGUGCCCGCCACAUGCUAUUCAUGAAAAAUGGCCACUUUUACGUGUUUGAUGUCCUCGAUGCAGAUGGUAACAUUCUACCUCCAAACCAUAUUCAUGCCUGCAUAUCACACAUUGCCAAGGAUCAAACUCCACCUCCAAAAUAUCCUAUUGCCAUCCUCUCAUCAGAAAAUCGUGACACCUGGGCUGCCUGUCGGACAGAAUUAGUUGCUGCAGGAAAUGAAGCUGCUCUGAAUUCUAUUGAUAGUGCUGCCUUUAAUAUAGUGUUUGAUGAUCAAGAAGUUGGGUUAGAUGCAGAAAAAAUGUAUCGCACAUUUCUCUAUGGGAAUGGGAAGAAUCGGUGGUUUGACAAGUCUUUCUCAUUAGUCUUCAGUCGUGAUGGGCAAGGUGGCCUAAAUUUUGAGCAUUCAUGGGGAGAUGGAGUGGCUGUCAUGAGCUAUUUUAAUGAAGUAGCUAAGAAUGUCAACGAGCAUCCCUACGUCCAUCCUGAUAGUGUACCUGCCAAAGUUGAUGCCUCACAGUUGGUCCGGAGGCUGGAAUUCAACUUGACACCAAAUUUGGAGGCUGCUAUUGAUAAGGCUAUCCAAACCUACGAGACUAGCACCAGUGCUCUACAGGUAGAUGUUUUGGAGUCAACAAUAUUCGGCAAGAAUAUAUGUAAAAAGCGAAAUGUGUCGCCAGAUGCCAUGAUGCAGUUAGGAUUUCAGGUUGCAUAUUACCUCCAACAUGGAAUGACUGUCGCUACAUAUGAGUCAUGCAGUACGUCAGCAUUUAAACAUGGACGUACAGAAACAGUGCGUCCUGCAACCUUGGAAACGGUAGAAUUUGCCAAAGCUGUGUCUCGUUCACAGCCACCAAGUAGUGAAGACUUGAAGAAAUUGGUUAUGGAAUGCUCAAAAGUUCAUGGGAUGUUAACCAAAGAAGCAGCCAUGGGUCAGGGGUUUGACCGUCACCUAUUCGGUCUGAGAAAGUUAGCAGAAGCUCAAGGUGGUCAGAUACCAGAUCUCUUCUCUGAUCCUGCAUAUGCCAGAAUAAAUCAUAACAUCUUAUCUACGUCUACUCUUCCAUCUGCUGCUAUUAGUUUUGGUGGUUUUGCACCAGUUGUUAGAGAUGGAUUUGGUGUUGGCUACCAGAUUCAGGAUGACCGGCUGGGGAUUGUACUGUCAUCCUAUCCUCCUCAUCGUGAUGGUGCUGGCUUUAUUGAAUGUGCUGAAAAAGCCUACAAGAUUAUUCAUGAUGUAUUACAAUAGUCUUAACCUAUGAUUUGGGUUGGGCAACUGCUCCUUGAAAGUACAGUACUGUACAGUGUAUACUAACAAUUAUAGUGAAAUAUUUUAUGAGGGUCUGCAAUAAAAUAUUUAUGGUAUGAGAAUCUUAUUUAUGCAGGUUUCAAAGUACCGUUUAUGUACUACAAUUUUGUCCCCCAUUGCUUCUGGGACACCCGGUGCCUGAGGUAAGAGUGCCACCAGUUUUUCUAACGAACUGGGUUUAAAUCAUAAUAGCAUGAUAUAUCAAAUGAACAAAUCCCCAGAAUAAGGCGCAUCUGGGAUCAUCCCGGGUAUAGGUUCAAACCCUCAUCACAGCCCUUGUGGAUUUGUUCAAGAGACCCUAGAGCUACCAGCUUCCUUUUUCAUCACCUCAGCGUGGCGCUACAGAGGGGAAUGCACACUGCAUUCAGGGUUCCUGCCCGCCAUCUGAGGAGCUGGAGGAACUCAACAGCUUAUGAUAAUCAUCUUUGUACCCUAUUUGUAACUCCUUUUUUUUGUAACAAACUGCAAGUAAAACAAAUUAUAUACAGUGUAUAUAUAUAUAUAUAUAUAUAUAUAUAUAUAUAUAUAUGUAUGUAUGUAUGUAAAAUUAAUAUAACACAGUAUACAGUAGCACCUUGGUUUACAAAUUUAAUCCGUUCCAAGAUACAAUUAUUACACCAAAAAUUCUUAACCAAAAAAAUUUCCCAUAGUAAAUAAUGUAAAUUGAAUUACUCUGUUCCUCACCCAAAAAUAUUAACUUAAAAAUACAUUUUAUACAGAAUACUG